GCAAAAAAGCUAAAAGGAAGCAAAGGCAUGGCGGAGGGCCUCCUCUUAUCGGUGAUGCACAAGCUGGAUAUGAAUUAUCAAAAGGACACAAAAACAAAGGAAGACAUAAAAGAGCAAAUGGAGAUGGUAAUCAAAGAGAUGAGAGAGAUUGUGGAUAUUGUGAGGGAUAAGAAAUUGGAAGAGGGGAAAACCCUCAAUUUUAUGGUAUCUGACCUUGUCGACGUGGCUGAGGAUGCCGUCGACAUUUUCAAACAAAACGAUGGGCAUACUUGGAAGUAUGAUUCCAUCCAUAGUUGGAUUGGAGAGAUGAAAGAGCGGAUGCUUAAACUAGGAGAUGAUGGGGCCAACAUCAACAUGAGAUCAUCACAAAAUGAUGAAGAUGACAAAUAUGUGGUGGGCUUGGAGGAACAAAUGGAAAUGCUGCUUCGCACAAAGAUUAUUGGUGGAGAAGAUUACAAUAGAAUUGUACUUAUCAAAGGGAUGAGUGGUAUUGGAAAGACAACUCUUGCGAGAGAGAUAUACAACCACCCAACCAUCGUUGAGCGAUUCAAGCGUCGUCUUUGGGUAUCUAAUGUUACUCACUUCACUAUUAAAGAGCUACUUAUCAAACUAAUACAACAGCUAGAAGAUCCUCAUACAUCUUCAUCAUUGGAGAAUAUGGACAACCAAAGUCUCAGAGAUAUGCUUCGCCAACACUUGCUAGGAACGCGAUAUUUGAUAGUUCUGGACGACGUGCCCAAACAAAUACGCUUGAAGUCAUUCUGGGAAGCUCUUCCAGAAGAAUUCAAUGGAAGUAGAUUGUUGCUCACAAGUCACACCACGCAACUGGACAUACUUCGUUAUUAUGAUCAUGUUCAUGAGAUGAAGCCUUUGGAUUCUGAAAAGAGCUGGCAAUUGUUUUUUAAAACAAUAAACCAUGGCAACAAGUUGACGGGUGAGCACAAAUUCCCAAAGUCCUUGGAGUAUAAGGGUAAACAAAUGUUGAGAAAAUGUGAUGGCCUGCCAUUAGCUAUAAAAGAGGUGGGAAAACAGUUAUUGGAAAAGAAACUCACAAGUGGGAGUGAAUGGGAACAACUUCUUGAAUCAGUUGAUUUUGGUUCAACAUUGAAGUUAUUGGAACCAUUUUACCAUAAAUUGGAUCCUGAAUUGGAUUCAUUUUUCUUGUCUCUGUCCUUCUUUAAGGAAUAUGCAACUUUGAGGGCAGAAAAGUUGACACGAAUUUGGGUUGCAGGAGGAUUGGUUUCAAGAUUUAACUCUGGAAAAUCAUAUCUAGAAGGCUUAAUCCGUGAAUCUGUUAUUGAUGUCAAGGACAAGCCCACGGAGUAUCGCAUGAAUGCUGUGCUACACAUGCUAUCUAUCCAAAAAGCAGAGGAGAAGCUUGGUUUUGAGAUCCUAAGGAACAACGGAAAUAAUCGACUCUUUCAGAGUCCUCGUCAUCAUCGUGUUAUCAUUUGUAGCAGAGACAAGUUCAACUACUCCACAGAUCAAGAUAACCAUCUUGUUUCUCUCUUCUUCCAUGGAGGUGGCUACUUCGACACUAGUCCAUCUUAUUGGAAGUGCUUCGAACAACAACUUAGGAUACUGGACUUGGAAGAUUUUGGGUUGAAGAUUUUACCGGAAACUAUCGGCGCAUUGAUGGAAUUAAGAUACUUGGGAUUGAGAAAUAAUUACAUAAAAGAGCUGCCACAGUCGUUAGGGUGCUUGAAAGAGCUUGAGGUUCUUGAUAUAGCUCUAAACUUUAUGGUGGAGGUCCCUGAUAUUAUAUGGGAAAUGGAUAGCCUUGUUCACCUCUACAUGUCUGAUGUUAUUUGUCCGAAGCCUUUGAAGAUAGACGCGCUGACGUACAUAGAGAUCUUAACCUACGUCUCGGUUGAUAAUUGGACAUAUGAGCUCUCGGGCUUAAUAGAGUUGAGGUAUCUUGAAAAAUUGGGGAUAGAAGGAUUGGUUGGAAACUCAGAUGUAAGCAAGCUCUUUGCGUCAUUGGCGGACUUGAAGAGACUUGAAGACCUAAUCUUAAGAGGGUAUUGUUUCAGAAGCAUGCCUUGUUUGGAUGAUCUUGGUAUUCUACACAAUCUCGAAACACUCAAAUUGGAUGGACUCCUUGCCAGGUUACCAACUAAUCUCCCUCCAAAAAUUGAAUCAUUGACGUUGAUUGAUAGUUGUCUUGAUAAAGACCCCAUGCCACUACUAGAGAAGUUACUCAAGCUAUCAUACCUCAAAUUGCGGAACGCAUACGCUGGUCAACAAAUAGUGAUCUUGGACGACGGCUUCUCUCGUCUCAGGGUCUUGUGCAUCGAAGAGUUAUGGAAUUUGCGAUAUGUUCAAUGUGGAAAAGAUGCAAUGGAUUGGCUCGAGAAAUUAGAAAUCCAUGACUGUCCAAAUCUGGAUACCCUCCCAUAAACGAUUAUGUCGAGUGUUUUGAAGGAGAUAAAGAUGGUGACAACCAAAAGCAUUGCAGCAAAGAUCAGGAAGUCUGACUUAAUGUCCAAAAUAGAGGUCAUGAAUAUCAAUCCAUGAGCUAGCUAGCACAGUUGUCUGCAUUAUUGUUACAUACAUUUUGCUCGUUGGCGUUAAUUUGGAUAGUUUCUGCGUAGAUUUUCUUCCCUUUUUUCUCCCUUGGUGGUUGUGUGUUUGUAAAAUGAUAUUUAGUUGCGACAAUACUUGUGAUCAUUGUG